AACAGAAAAAUAUAGAGAAAUCCGGUAACCUUUAUCUUCAGUCUCCCUGUUGCAUUCGCGUUCAGGAUCUCGUCAAGCGAGCAAGUAAUAUUUCUGUGCAAAGCUUAACAGGAGGCCUAGACACAUCACGGACUCUGAAUAGAAAUUCGGACGAAGAUUUAGAGAAACGAAGAGGUUGAAGUAAAAACUCGGAGGUGGACUUCAAGAAAAAAAAAAAUGAGUAAAGGCAGCUACCUGAAGAUCGGUGCUUGUGCCGCUGCUGGUGCAGUUGGGACCGUGAUUGUAGCUCCUUCCGUACUGGCUGGGGUGGGCUUUGGUGCCGCUGGAAUAACUGCUGGGUCUUAUGCUGUUUCCAUGAUGUCAUCUGCUGCCGUCGCCAAUGGUGGGAGUGUUGCAGCUGGUAGCUUGGUGGCAGUCCUGCAGUCGGCUGGCGCGGCAGGCAUUGGCGCUGCGGGAACGACAGCCCUGGCAGCGGUCGGUGGCGCCAUAGGGGGUGGCGCAGCGACAGCAGCUGGCUGGUUUUGGGGCAAGAAGUAAAACGACAACUGGUUUUAAAUAAGUUGAUGAGUUUGUGAUGAAAAUAAGGAUGAUGACAGAAUUGAUACAUAAGUAUAACUAACACGAAUAUAAGCAGCAAAGAAAAUGAUAGUUUUUUCCUUUUGUAAUUCAAGCCUUAACAGGAUUUGCUGUUACUGUUUGUAUCCCAUAUAGAUAGCACUGUUAGCUUUGAAAAUAACUCUCCCAUUAAAGAAAACAAACAAAAAAAGGAUUUUGGAGCUUUUGAAUAGUAGAGAAUGUAACUUUUGUAUUACAUAAAUUCAAAAUUGUGUUCUAUGUAAUUAUGCUUAUACCCACAUGUCUACAUUACGUAAUGAAGGCUUGUAUAUUAGGUUUGCAUUAUUACGCAUCUUGUACUAAUGAUUUGGAAUGCUUGUGAAUUACAAUUUUACAGAGACCAAUCAAAUGCA